AGGAAUUCUGUCAUCACUUCAUUCACAGUCCUUCCAAAAUCAUCAGCAGACGAACAUGGAUCUUCAAGGUCUUGCUGUUGUUCUAAAUGCAGCACUUAGUCCCAAUCCUGCUGAACGAAAAGCCGCUGAAGAGAGUCUCAAUAAGUAUCAGUACACUCCUCAGCAUUUGGUGAGACUGCUGCAGAUCAUUGUGGAUGGAAACUGUGACUUGGCAGUGCGGCAGGUUGCAAGUAUUCAUUUUAAGAAUUUUGUAGCAGAAAACUGGUCACCUCAUGAUCCAGAGGAACAAUCCAAGAUUUUGCCAAGUGAUAAAGACUUGGUGAGGCAGAACAUCCUUGUUUUUGUAGCACAAGUUCCUCCAUUGUUGAGGGCACAGUUGGGCGAGUGUCUCAAGACAAUUAUACAUGCGGAUUAUCCUGAGCAAUGGCCAAGUCUCUUGCACUGGGUGACACAUAAUUUGCAGGACCAGCAAGUUUAUGGAGCUCUAUUUGUGCUACGUAUUCUUGCUAGAAAAUAUGAGUUCAAGUCAGAUGAGGAGAGAACACCAGUUCACCAUGUUGUUGAGGAGACAUUUCCUCAUUUGCUCAAUAUCUUUAGCAGGCUUGUUCAGAUAGGAAAUCCAUCAAUAGAAGUAGCAGAUUUAAUUAAGCUCAUCUGCAAAAUAUACUGGUCUUCCAUUUAUCUGGAGAUUCCAAAGAAAUUGUUUGAUCCAAAUGUGUUCAAUGCUUGGAUGGUUCUUUUCUUAAACAUGUUGGAGCGACCUGUUCCAUUAGAGGGCCAACCUGCUGAUCUAGAGCUCCGCAAGUCAUGGGGAUGGUGGAAGGUAAAGAAGUGGACAGUCCAUAUAUUAAACCGCCUCUAUACACGGUUUGGGGAUUUGAAAUUGCAAAAUCCAGAGAACAGAGUCUUUGCACAACACUUUCAGAAAACCUAUGCUGGGAAAAUUUUGGAAUGUCAUAUGAACUUGUUGAAUGCGAUCCGUGUUGGUGCCUAUUUACCUGACAGGGUUACCAACCUUAUUCUGCAAUAUUUGAGCAAUAGUAUUUCCAAGACUACUACAUACAAUAUUCUCCAAGCAAGACUUGAUGUGGUUCUUUUUGAAAUAAUAUUUCCACUUAUGUGCUUCAAUGACAACGAUCAAAAGCUAUGGGAGGAAGAUCCGCAUGAGUAUGUGAGAAAGGGUUAUGAUAUUAUUGAAGAUCUGUACAGUCCUAGGACUGCAGCAAUGGACUUUGUGAGUGAGUUGGUGAGAAAACGUGGAAAAGACAACCUUCAAAAAUUUAUAUUAUUCAUUGUGGAAAUUUUUAAGAGAUACGAGGAGGCACCAGUUGAGAUUAAGCCUUAUCGACAAAAGGAUGGUGCUCUCCUUGCUAUUGGAACACUGUGUGAUAAACUGAAACAGACUGAACCAUAUAAAUCAGAACUUGAGCACAUGUUAGUGCAACAUGUUUUCCCAGAGUUCAGCAGUCCGGUGGGUCAUAUCAGAGCAAAGGCUGCAUGGGUUGCAGGACAAUAUGCCCAUAUUAAUUUCUCUGACCCGAAUAAUUUCCGCAAAGCACUACAAAGUGUUGUUGCUGGGAUGCGUGACCCAGAGCUCCCAGUUCGUGUUGAUUCUGUUUUUGCAUUGCGUUCUUUCGUUGAAGCCUGCAAAGAUCUUGGUGAAAUCAGGCCUAUUCUUCCUCAGCUACUUGAUGAGUUCUUUAAGCUUAUGAAUGAAGUUGAAAACGAGGAUCUGGUGUUUACCCUUGAGACUAUUGUUGACAAGUUUGGAGAGGAGAUGGCACCCUAUGCUGUUGGCUUAUGCCAGAACCUGGCUGCUGCAUUUUGGAAGUGUAUGAACACUGCUGAAGCUGAAGAUGAAGCUGAUGAUCCUGGUGCUUUGGCAGCUGUUGGCUGUUUACGUGCCAUUAGCACAAUUCUUGAAUCAGUGAGCAGGCUUCCUCACCUUUUUGCUCACGUUGAGCCAACUCUACUUCCAAUAAUGCGCCGGAUGCUUACAACUGAUGGACAAGAGGUCUUCGAAGAAGUUUUGGAAAUUGUAUCAUACAUGACCUUUUUCUCACCGACAAUAUCCAUGGAUAUGUGGAGUCUUUGGCCAUUACUGAUGGAAGCUUUGGCUGAGUGGGCUAUUGAUUUUUUUCCAAAUAUACUUGUUCCUUUGGACAACUAUAUAUCCAGGAGUACAGUGCACUAUCUGACAUGCAAGGAACCGGACUACCAACAAAGUUUGUGGAUUAUGCUUUCCAAUAUAAUGAGUGACAAAAACUUGGAAGACAAUGACAUUGAACCUGCACCAAAGCUUAUAGCAGUAGUGUUACAAAACUGCAAGGGUCAGGUGGACCUCUGGGUUGAGCCAUAUAUUAGAAUCACAGUUGAGCGGUUGCACCGAGCCGAACGGCCGUACUUGAAAUGCCUUUUGAUGCAAGUUAUUGCUGAUGCUUUAUACUACAAUCCGUCUUUGACGCUCAAUAUAUUACAAAAGCUUGGUGUGGCUACAGAAAUCUUUAACCUAUGGUUUCAGAUGUUGCAACAAACUAAAAAGAGUGGUGUCCGGGUUAAUUUUAAGAGGGAAAAUGACAAGAAAAUCUGCUGUUUAGGUUUGACAUCUCUACUUUCACUUCCUGUGGAUCAGUUGCCAGGGGAGGCCUUAGAGCGUGUUUUCAAGGCAACACUUGAUUUGCUUGUUGCCUACAAGGAUCAAGUUGCAGAAGCGGAGAAGGAAGAGCCUGAGGAGGAUGAUGACGACAUGAAUGAUGGUUUGCAAACGGAUGAUGACGAUGAUGAUGAUGAUGGGUCUGACAAGGAAAUGGGAGUAGAUGACGAGGAUGGUGAUGAAGCUGAUAGCUUGAGACUUCAGAAAUUGGCUGCACAGGCAAAGGUAUUCCGAUCAACUGAUGACUACGAUGAUGACUCUGAUGAGGACUUCAGUGAUGAUGAAGACUUGCAGUCACCUAUUGAUGAGGUGGAUCCCUUUGUUCUCUUUGUGGAUACUGUGAAAGUUUUGCAAGCGUCAGACCCAACAAGGUUCCAGAACCUCACGCAGACGCUUGACUUCCAUUAUCAGGCACUAGCAAACGGAGUUGCUCAGCAUGCUGAUCAGAGACGAGCAGCAAUCGAGAAAGAAAAGCUGGAGAAGGCAUCAGCAGCCUCAUGAUGUUUGUGUUACAUAUAUACAUACAACGUGUUCAAAUUUUGCUUUGUGCUCUCAAUUCCGUGGUUAUUUCCGUCCAUUUGGCAAUGGUUAAAGAAAAAACCGACUACAACUUCCUGAUGAGUCUGGAUUGUGAUUGACAUCACUGUUGACAGUGGUCAGGAGCGAGUCGCGAGUACUCAAAAGGAGUAUAUUUUUUGGUUUGAAAGCUGCCAGGACUUUGUCCCAAGUGUAGGUGGUCAAUCAUUUGGGUGAAUCUUGGGUCUAAUUAGACCGGAGAUGGCCCCCCUGGUCCUUGAUCUGGUGGUCUGUUUGUACUUGUUUAGGAGAUAAAGAAAAGCCCUUUUGGCUGGGGUUUCUUUUGGUUUAAAUUGUUUGUUGAAAUUUGAAUUUUU